AUGCUCCCCGCCGCCGCCCCCCGGUGGCCGCCUCUCCUGCUCCUGCUGCCACUGCUGUUGCCACCGCCGCUACAGCUCGCACGCGGUGCCCCGACCCGGUCCGGGGCUGGGGGUCAGGCCUCGGAGCUGGUGGUGCCCACGCGGUUGCCCGGCAGCGCCGGCGAGCUCGCGCUCCACCUGUCCGCCUUCGGCAAGGGCUUCGUGCUGCGCCUGGCGCCGGACGCCAGCUUCCUGGCACCCGAGUUCAAGAUCGAGAGGCUCGGGGGCACUGGUGGGGUGGCCGGGGACGAGCAAGGGCUGCGAAGCUGCUUCUUCUCCGGCACGGUGAAUGGGGAACCCGAGUCCCUGGUGGCCGUCAGCCUGUGCCGCGGGCUGAGCGGCUCUUUCCUGCUGGAUGGGGAGGAGUUCACCAUCGAGCCUCAGGGCUCAGGGAGCUCCCUGGCUCAGCCGCACCUCCUGCAGCGCUGGGAGGACCCCGGGCUCGCCGCGACCGCCGAGGCCAGUGCCCCGAGUCGAGAGCCCGAGUGGGAGGCGGAAACCGCAAAGGGCCGAGGACUGGAGAGGGGAGCCGGCGAAGAGAGGGAAGAGGAGGCCGAGGAGGAAGAGGAGGAGGAGGAGGAAGAGGAGGAGGUGGCCAAAGAAGGCGCAGAAAGCGCCCGCGAGCUGCCCCCGCCUCUGGGGGCCACAAGCAGGACCAAACGGUUUGUGUCUGAAGCUCGCUUCGUGGAAACGCUGCUGGUAGCCGACGCAUCCAUGGCUGCCUUCUAUGGCACCGACCUACAGAACCACAUCCUGACGCUGAUGUCAGUGGCCGCCCGCAUCUACAAGCACCCCAGCAUCAGGAACUCCAUCAACCUGAUGGUGGUCAAAGUGCUGAUAGUAGAAGACGAGAGAUGGGGCCCAGAGGUCUCGGACAACGGCGGCCUCACCCUGCGCAACUUCUGCAACUGGCAGCGGCGUUUCAACCAGCCCAGCGACCGGCACCCAGAGCAUUUCGACACGGCCAUCCUGCUCACUAGACAGAACUUCUGUGGGAAGGAAGGGCUGUGUGACACCUUGGGUGUGGCGGACAUCGGCACUAUCUGUGACCCCAACAAGAGCUGCUCUGUGAUCGAGGACGAGGGGCUCCAGGCUGCCUACACACUGGCCCACGAGCUGGGACACGUGCUCAGUAUGCCACACGAUGACUCAAAACCAUGCACACGGCUCUUCGGGCCCAUGGGCAAGCACCACAUGAUGGCGCCACUCUUCGUACACCUGAACAAGACGCUGCCCUGGUCUCCCUGCAGCGCCAUGUACCUCACCGAGCUCCUGGACAGCGGGCAUGGAGACUGCCUCCUAGAUGCCCCCACCUCGGCCCUGCCCCUCCCCACGGGCCUCCCAGGCCGCAGUGCCCUCUAUGAGCUGGACCAACAGUGCAAGCAGAUAUUUGGGCCCGGCUUCCGCCACUGCCCCAACACCUCUGCACAGGACAUCUGCUCCCAGCUGUGGUGCCACACCGACGGUGCCGAGCCCCUGUGCCACACCAAGAACGGCAGCUUGCCCUGGGCUGACGGCACAUCCUGUGGGCCUGGGCGGCUCUGCUGGGAUGGCCGCUGUCUGCCUGAGGAGGAGGUGGAGUGGCCCAAGGCCACGGUGGACGGAGGUUGGGCCCCAUGGGGACCUUGGGGAGAAUGCUCUCGGACAUGCGGAGGAGGCGUGCAGUUUUCACACCGUGAGUGCACAGAGCCUGAGCCUCAGAAUGGAGGAAGAUACUGCCUGGGCCGGAGAACCAGGUACCAAUCGUGCCACACAGAGGAGUGCCCCCCAGAUGGGAAAAGCUUCCGGGAGCAGCAGUGCGAGAAGUACAAUGCCUACAAUUACACUGACCUGGAAGGGAACCUGUUGCAGUGGGUCCCCAAGUAUGCAGGGGUGUCCCCCCGGGACCGCUGCAAGUUGUUCUGCCGAGCCCGAGGCAGGAGUGAAUUCAAAGUGUUUGAGGCCAAGGUGAUCGACGGUACUCUGUGUGGGCCAGAGACACUGUCCAUCUGCGUGCGCGGCCAGUGCGUCAAAGCUGGCUGUGACCACGUGGUGGACUCGCCUAGGAAGCUGGACAAAUGUGGGGUGUGUGGGGGCAAAGGCAACUCAUGCAGGAAGGUCUCCGGCUCCCUCAGCCCCUCCAGUUAUGGCUACAAUGACAUUGUCACCAUCCCAGCUGGUGCCACAAACAUUGAUGUGAAACAAAGAAGCCACCCAGGAGUACAGAAUGAUGGCAACUACCUGGCCCUGAAGACAGCUGACGGGCGGUACCUGCUCAAUGGCAAUCUGGCCAUCUCUGCCAUCGAGCAGGACAUCUUGGUGAAGGGGACCAUCCUCAAGUACAGUGGCUCCAUUGCUACCCUUGAGCGGCUGCAGAGCUUCCGGCCCCUACCUGAGCCUCUGACCGUGCAGCUGUUGACAGUCCCCGGGGAGGUCUUUCCCCCUAAAGUCAAAUACACCUUCUUUGUUCCUAAUGACAUGGACUUCAGCCUCCAGAACAGCAAAGAGAGAGCAACCAUCAACAUCAUCCAGCCACUGCUGCACACACAGUGGGUAUUAGGAGACUGGUCCCAGUGUUCUGCCACCUGCGGUGCUGGCUGGCAGCGGCGAACUGUGGAAUGUAGGGACCCCUCUGGCCAGGCCUCCACCACCUGUGACAAGGAUCUGAAACCUGAAGAUGCCAAGCCCUGUGGAAGCCAGCCGUGCCCUCUGUGA